UCCUUCCGGCUCCAUCUCUCUUACAUCUUUGCUUAAACACAAUAUUCUCUUUCCUUCUUUCAUUUGUUGGUUGGUUCGUUCAUGGCUCACUCCCCUCAACAUCGCUUUCUAGUUUCCCUAGGAUUCCUCGUCCUCUUCAUCUCUCUUCCUUCUUCUCACCCCUUGUCCAUCCAUGACCUCCUCAAAACCAGAGGCUUGCCAGCGGGACUCCUCCCAAAGGACGUGAAGUCGUACACGCUUUCAGAGAAUGGACUCCUUGAAGUUUUUCUCGAAGGCCCUUGUCUAACCAAGUUUGAUACCAUGGCUUUCUAUGAAAGCGUGGUCAGGGCUAAUCUUACUUAUGGAGGGCUCACUGGAGUUGAGGGCUUCUCUCAAGAAGAGCUUUUUCUGUGGGUGCCGGUUAAAGAUAUCAUUGUUGAUGAUCCGAAGUCUGGUCUCAUUCUUUUUGACAUUGGAUUGGCUCAUAAACAGCUUUCUCUCUCCCUCUUUGAAGAUCCACCGGACUGCAAACAAGAUGGUAUUUUCAAGAAGAUUACAAGAAAGGAAGGCGGGUUCGAAGCACAGAGAUAAAAAUAAAAGAUGCCACUCUUGCUUUAGCAGCUCUAUGACUAUUCAGUUGGGUCAUAAUAUAUAUAUAUAUAUAUAGUUUAACUA